AUGGCAUUGAGUGAAACUCACGUUGUAAGCUUCAUGUUGGAGCCCAGCUCCCUGACCAAUCUGCAUUGGAAGGUGAAGUCUUUAACCACUGGACUGCCAGAGAAGUCCCAUGUCAACAUCUUAACGUGGGGUGAAAUUUUACUCUGUGGGCAGAAGCAAACAGCAGCCUCAUGGCUGAUGGCAUCUACCUGCCUGGCAUCCCUGGGCUCCUGGAGGCAUCACCAAGGCAGCUGCUUCCUUUUUCUCUUCCCUUCUCUGCUCACCCUACCUUGUCCCCUUCCAGUGGACCCUUCUGACCCUUGA